UGAACUUUGAGCAGCCAAGAAAAGAUGAACAGGUGCCUGGUAUGUUGGUGACAACGAGAGGAAAAAAAGACAACUAUUCAUGCCAAAAUCUUAACUAUUAGCAUCUAACUCCCAGCUUUUAGCAUUCAAUGCCUAGUUGUUAGCAUCUAACGCCUAGCUGUUAGCAUCUCUUUGUUAUAGUUAGACCAACAAUCCUUAGCACAAAAUAGCGUUUAAAGAAAAGUGUCCCUCAACUGAAGACUUACAGCUAACGCUAACAAAACACGUCCUGCAGUUUUGGGUUCAAAGUUUGUGGAGUUCUUACCUUCACGCACACACAAUCUCCAAGGAGAGCUGAGGUGUGUGUGUGUGUGUGUGCUCUUUAAAUACUAGAACACACACACCUACAUGAGUCAGCGCUCAGUACUUUGACACUUGGACGCUCAUUGGCAAACCCCAGCCCCCCCCGCUAGCCCCCCUAUUGUCACUACAGACAGCCAAUCAGCUGCUGCGCUGCUACGGGUUACCACGGCAACACAAUCUUUGUGUUUUACGCUCAUCAAAAUACUUUUUCUCUAAUCUGGUGACCCUUGACCUGCAGCGCCCACCUUAGGCGGUGAUGUCACUCCCGGCAAAUUAUUAACUCUCCACUAGGGGGCGGCGUGACGACUGAGCUUACUUCCUGUCUCACUUUCUGUGGAAGAUGCUGUCCUCACUAAUCCUCUGUGAUCCUCAUCUAAGUCCUCCACCUGCCCAAAGUCCAGGUAGUCCUUCAGGGGCCAGAUAAACUUGGUACCAGGUAGACUUCUAAAGUCAAGGUGGACUUCUAAAGUCCAGGUAGACUUCUAAAGUCCAGGUUGACUUUCAAAGUCCAGGUAGACUUCUAAAGUCCAGACCGUGUUGUAAGAUCCAGGUUGCUGAGGAGAUCUUUAGGAAGGAUGCCGUUUUAGGAGGACUGAGUAACUCAGAAUAAAAGCUUUCACCAUGAUCAACUGGUUUCUGAAAAUGGCUCCUCAACCCCCUCAGCCGCCCCAGGAGCAGGAAUGGCCCCCUGCCCCGCCCCCUGUCGCGGCUCCGCCCCCUGUCACGGCUCCGCCCCCUGUUGCUGGCCCAUCCCACGUAACGGAGAAGAAGGUGAGCUUUCAGGAAGUGGAGUCAUCAGGCAGCAGGAGUGGCGUGAUGUGGUGGAUCAGUCAAAGCAUGGACAAGGUCGUUCCUCAGCCCGAGCUGAAGGACAGAGAGGUGUGUCAACGUGCGGCACCAGCAGCCGAGCCGAAGGAGGCGGAGGCGGAGCAGCAGGGCAAGAGUGACAACAAGCCCCUCCCACCGGGGGUGAUGUCGUGGAUCAAAGACAGCGUGGAGAGAGUCGUCCCUCAACCGGAAGUGCACGCCCUCUCCAAGAUGGCCGCCGUGGAAAAGCCGGAAGCCGCUCCGUCUGACAAACCCACAGCCCCGCCCCCUGACACCCAGCAGACACCCCCGCAGGAGGCAGAGACGCCGUCAAACAUGAUGGGAUGGAUUGUGGGCGGCCUGGGUCGCAUCUUGCCACAGCCCACUCACAAGCAGGACGCAGACGAUGGCGUCCACCAGACCGUUCAAGAGAAUAACGAGCUGGUGCUACUGGACCUGGAAGAGCAGGCGGACAAAGCAACCGACAGUGAGAACCAGAAGCAUUUAGCCGUGAAAGAGGUCGAAGACGAGCGUUGGAUUCCGCUGAUGGAGACUAUCAAGCAAGAAACCGGCCAAGCGGUCCUGGCACGGAUGGAGGAAAGGCUGCAGCAGCAGCGCCUGGAAGCGGCCCGUAAUGCGGAGGAAAUGGCAAGGAAGGCGGCGCAGGAGGCGAUCCGACUGCUACAGGUGGAGCAUUCAGCCAAGAUCGUCAUCGAGUCGCUGCCCGAGUCCAACGAGCAACUUCCAAACAUCUUGGAGGAGGAAAAUGAAGACGAACCAGAGUGUCUGCCUAAAGGUGAUGCUCUAAGCUCAGCCGUCCCACAGGAUUCCCCAUUGCUGACCAACAGGAAAGAGACUUACGUUGGCAGACUUGAGCACACACCGUCCGAUCAGGUUCCAACUGGAAUAGAAGUUGAAAAUAAAGGUCUUCUCCUGGAAGCGGGAAAAGGUUUAACCCUCCCUGAGAUAAUCAUGCCACCGAGCGACGUCCCUCUAUCAAGGCUCAGCGGGAUAGUCGAUCUCUCUGCGGAGGAGGACGAAGUCAAGUUGGCGAGGGGCGGACUCAAGUCCUGGUCCAGUCAAGGUGACCUACUGACUGCGGAUGCCCGUCCGCCAUCGGCGGCCAGCAUCGGCAGCGUGGUGAUCCAGGACCGCCUUAGCGAGCUUGUGCGGCUCUUCAGAGGUCGGACAGAACGCCAAAAAGACCGACUGAUUGACCCGGAUGACUCGGAGCAGGAAAGCCCUACUGCCUCUCCCAGCAAAGCUCCUCCGCCUCCACCCCCACCUGAAGAAGACAAGACGCCCACUCUCGCCACCGGAGCAAAGGAGGAAGAAGAGGCACUGUUCCAGUUUGAACUUCUGGGAUAUCCUAUUGAAUAUCCCAAACUUCCCACCAUGCCAAAAUGGCUUCGAGACAUGGCAGCGUUCCGCUUCCCUUCAAGCAUUGACCCGUUCACCGAUCUGAUCUAUGUGGUGUGGCUGUUCUUCGUGGUGGCGGCAUGGAACUGGAAUGUAUGGUUAAUUCCCGUCCGCUGGGCCUUUCCCUACCAGACCGCAGAAAACAUCCACCUGUGGCUUCUGAUGGACUACACUUGUGACCUCAUCUACAUCGCAGACAUCCUGGUCUUCCAGCCCCGGCUACAGUUUGUCCGCGGGGGCGACAUUGUGUGCGAUAAAAAAGACAUGAGAGAAAACUACAUGACCACCGAGAGGUUCAAGAUGGAUAUCAUCAGUCUGUUUCCAAUGGAGAUCUUCUACUACUUUACGGGAGUCAACUCUCUGCUAAGAUUCCCUCGUCUGCUCAAGUACCAGGUGUUCUUCGAGUUCAACGACAGAAUGGAGGCGGUGAUGAAGAAGGCCUACAUCUACAGGGUGAUCCGGACUUCCACCUACCUGCUGUACUCGCUGCACAUCAACGCGUGCCUCUUCUACUGGGGCUCAGACUACGAAGGAUUGGGUUCCACCAAGUGGGUCUACGACGGAAAAGGCAAUGCUUACAUUCGCUGUUACUACUUCGCCGUCAAAACCUUGAUCACCAUCGGUGGGCUGCCAGACCCGACCACCGUCUUCGAGAUCUGCUUCCAGCUCAUCAACUACUUUGUCGGCGUUUUCGCAUUCUCCAUCAUGAUUGGACAGAUGAGAGACGUGGUCGGAGCGGCCACGGCCGGGGAGAACUACUACCGAGCCUGCAUGGACAGCACCGUCAAGUACAUGAACUCCUACAACAUCCCCCAGGACGUCCAGAACCGUAUCAAGACCUGGUACGACUACACUUGGAAGAGCCAAGGCAUGCUGGAUGAGCAGGAGCUGUUGGUGCAGCUUCCCACUAAAAUGAGACUGGACAUGGCUGUGGAUGUCAACUACACAAUUGUCAGCAAAGUAGCACUGUUCCAGGGUUGUGAUCGUCAGAUGGUGUUUGACAUGCUGACAAGACUCAAAUCUGUCGUCUACUUGCCAGGAGACUUUGUGUGCAAGAAGGGCGAGAUCGGCAGGGAGAUGUACAUCAUCAAACAGGGGGAAGUCCAAGUGGUGGGCGGUCCAGAUCUCCAGACGGUUUUUGUGACAAUCAGAGCUGGUUCUGUCUUUGGAGAGAUCAGUUUGUUGGCGGGGGGCGGAGGAAACAGACGCACUGCCAACGUGAAGGCGCACGGAUUCGCUAACCUGUUCAUCUUGGACAAAAAGGACCUGGCGGAGAUCCUGGUCCACUAUCCAGAAUCCCAGAAACUCCUUCGCAAGAAGGCCAAGACCAUGCUCACCAAGGACAAGAAGCCUGAUGAAAAGGAGGGUGGAAAAGAGGCGGCUGAGGUCAUCCCGGCCCGGCCCGACACGCCCAAAAUGUUCAAAGCAGCGUUGAAGGUGACGGAGCAGGCGAGAAUGGAGGGAACCUUCGCCAAGCUGAAGAAAACUUACAAGGCGUCUGAGGGCGAGGCCUUGCCCGCCUCCUCUCCAUUGCAUCAGCGCUUAGCGGGAGCUCAUGCUGACACCUCGCUGACCGUCACAAUGACAUCACAAAAGCCAGGCGAGGAGCUUCUCUCAGUGGAGGCGGCGCCCGCAGAGGACCAGGAAGUGGAUGGAGAGAAGAAGGUGGAGGAGGGUGGGGUGGACAGGAAGUAAAAGCAUUCCCGGAAUUCCUUUGUGCUUCUAGAAGACAGAAGUGGUUCUGACUGCAUAUUUAUUUUUAAGGGGAAAAAUAUGACUUUAAAUGUGUUAAAAGUGAAAAAAAUAUAUAUGUAUAUUGCUAGUACACCUAUGACAGCUAUGUUAGCAGAAUUAUAAUAAACAUAUGAACUAUUUUAGUGGAACAUGCUAACAAACACACAACUUAUCUACGUUGGCAGAUUGCUAAUAAAAAUAUGUUUGCUAUUUUAAUGAACAUGUUAAUAAACAUACAAUGUUAGUUUGCAGAAUACUCAUACAGCUCUGGAUGUUUUUAAGAAAAAAUAAGCAAGUUUGACUCAGAGACAGCUAAAAGUUACGUUAGCCGCUAAUGCUAAUGCUUUUCAAAAAACAAAUGAUUGUGUUUUAACACCUUAGUGGUAGAAAUAUAUCAAUUACUCUCUUGAAAUAUGGUUACUAAUGAAUAAAUGAAAAAAGCGCAUGUGUCAUUUCCAUAUUUUUGGAUGUAACCAAUAGGCUUUCGUGCUGUAUGGAGGUUAAUUUGUGUCUUUAUCACAAAAGCUUUUUUUGGACUCUGAAUUUAUGACAAUAAUUUACAUCAAAUUUAAUGACAAUUUCAUUGAAUACAAAUGUGUGUGUUUAAAAAUUCAGUUUGUUAAAAUACAGUGUUAUACAAUUAAGUGUUAAGAAUUCCGUUUGUAAAAAAAUGUUGUGUAAAAAAAAUAGUGUAUUGAAAUUCCGUGUGAAAACUUCAGUUUAAAAAAAAUCUGUAUUUAAAUAUUUAGUGUAAAAAAAUUCAGUGCAGAAAAAUGUGUUGCUUCAAAACUCAGGACUCACUUAUAUUUAUACUGAAGCAAUCCAGCCUGUCUCUGAACCAGCCAAUGAGGUGUUAAGUUUGAAGUCACGUGACCUGGGUCUUGCAAAGCAGGAAAAAGUGAUGGUGGUAAUCUACCAUGCCAUAAAAGUUCUUGAGUUUGGAAGCAACACAUUUUUCUGCCCUGAAUUUUUAUACACUAAAUUGUUUUAUAAUGAAUUGUUUUACACGGAUUGUUUUACAACGUGCUCACAAUUUUUAAUUCAAUUUAAUUGUCAGCUUCAUUUGAUGUAUAAAAAUUAAGUUCACAAAAUUCAAACGCAAAAAAAUUAAUUAAAUAAACUCAGUGUCAAAAAAUUACUUUUGUAAUAAACAAAUUAUUUUCCAUAUGCUGCAGCAUCCCUCUGUACCAUAAAUUAAAAUAAAAUAUUUUUAUUUUGUAAAAAUAAUUGCUAAAAACAGGCAUUACCUAUAAAUUUAAAAAUAAGACUUAGUCCA